UCACGUCAAUCCAGAUAACGUUACCUAUAAAGUUGAGACAUGAAGCUUGCAUAAUACCAUUUGAAAUGGAUCCUAUCACAAUGACAAUAAGCUACAUAUUCACAACAUUGUUGCUACCUGUCCUCCCAUAUGGUUUGUGUGCGCCAGUGGAUCAGCAUGCAACGCCAGAGACACGUCACCUCUACAAGAACCUCAUGACCAUGGCCAGAAACCCGAAUGCCAUCAUGUUUGGUCAUUCCAGCGACACAUGGACUGGUGCAUAUGGUGGACAUGCCACUUAUGACGUCGUCACAAAUACGACAAACAAAGGUUGGAGAUAUACAGCUGAACAGGCAAUGAAAGAUUCCCCUGAUGAGUUGUCCGACGUGAAGAGCGUGACUGGGCAGUACGCAGCAGUCAUUGACUUAGGGAUGUGGCAGCUGAGUGAUGACCGAAACAUAGUUGUAUCCCAUCUUGUCAAGACCGCCCUCAAGCGUGGUGUGAUUGCAACUCUGAGCCAGCAUCUGUAUAACCCCAUCACAGGGGGAAGACCGUGGGUGGAAGAGGACAAUGGUACUGUCCUCCAUACCGUCAGGCGUCUCUUACCAGGAGGAGAUACCAAUUGGAAGUUCCAGAAGAAUCUCGACACCAUCGCCGAAGUUGCUCAUAACCUGACGGACGACCAGGGGAAGCUUAUACCUGUUCUCUACAGACCUCUUCACGAGCUUAAUGGAGACUGGUUUUGGUGGGGAUUGGGAAAUAAGGUUCAAAAUACAGAAGAUGAUCUGAAAUCCUUUUAUCGAUACAUAGUUACGUAUCUACGUGAUCAUAAAAAAGUUCACAACUUCCUGUAUGUUUUCAGCCCGGACAAGUUCACGGACAAAGCAGAUUAUCUCAAGGUGUAUCCUGGUGAUGAUUAUGUUGAUGUUAUAGCCACGGAUUUCUAUUACACAUCACCUUCGGUUAAGACAAGUGACUUUUCUAGAAUAGUGAAACAGCUAGUGGAGAUAGCCGAGUCAAGAAACAAGAUAGCGGCAGUGUCAGAGGCCGGGCUUUUUAACAAUGGCAUUGAUCAGCAGACUAAUUUCUGGAACGAAAAGAUUCUUGAUGUCAUCAAAACUGACCCCACUAGUCGCCGUAUUGCAUAUAUUCUCACAUGGGCAAACCAUUGUGGCAACAAUAAGUGCGAAUUGUGGGUGCCUUACAAAGGUCACCCUGCUGAGAAUGACUUCAGGAACAACUUCUUCAAUGACCCCAUUACCAUGUUUGGGGAUGAUAUUCCAGAUAUGUUCAAGUGAAACGUUCUUAAGAUAUAAAUAAAGGUCAAAAUCGUUUUAUAAUAUCUUGGAUAUCACCGUGAGAUAUUUGAUGACCAAUAAAACAUAAUGAUCAGAAA